GACAGGAAAGAAGUUGGAGGAAGUUCUUCGUACAUUUGGACGACGCGUUAAGGUCUCUGAACUUGGUCUCCGAAAGGGGAUUGAUGGCUUGUCCGCUGGUGCUGCCGAAGCCCGUCAAAACGAUUCUAGAAUGGAACAAUCCAUGGGAGCUCAGGAUUUGAUUAAUGUUGAGGGACUCAGUUUCUGGGAUGGUCUCCGUGCUAUGCAUGCGGUUGGAAAGGAGAAGGGUCUAGUCUGGACCACCACUCGAUGGGCUGUCAACAAGGUGCAGUGGAUAGCCACCUAUUCAAUGCUGCACGAUCCCGCCAUUGGUGUGGUGACUCGAACAACGUUGAAAGACUUGUAUUCUGCAUAAUAUCUUUUUUUCGUUCUAUGGUGUAUUGCUUAUUGCUUUUCUUUAUUAUCGCAAACAUGUCGUCUAUACAAAACUUCAGAUUCUCCUAUUAUAAAAUUUCUAUGUAUCAUAAUCCUGGACGUCACAAUGAAAUGCAGGGAACGUGGAAAAAAUUUUACUGUCAACUUGCAGCCAUGUCAACUUUGCUUAUGCUCAGAACUGCCCAGGUUACGCAGCCGCUUUUCAUUUUGUCAUGGAUGAAACGUCCCCAGUUUGAACUGAAAUGAGAUUGUUGGGGGAAGUAUGGUUGGUCACCCCUCCCUUCCAAUGACCGAGGCAGCGUGGUGGUGAUGAUGAUGAAGAAGUCUAUCAUGGCUUGCCUCUCUCAC